UGACCAACAGAACUGAGGGAGGGAGGAAUAUAUUUGUUUGUGUAUUUUUUGUGGGUCGGAUCGAACGAGUCAGAUUAGGGUGUGUUGUAUUUUAGAAAAAUGGUCAAUUUAACAUUGAUUUGGACCUUUCUAUUAAAAGAAGGGUACAUGUAAAAAUUUUAUUAACAACGAGGGUAAAUUUGGACCCGAAGUAUGAUAGCGAGGGUAAAUUUGAUGCCAAAGUAUAAUGAGCGAUAUAUUUAACUAAUUUUUCAAAGUAGAAGAAUAAAUUUAACUAUAAAGUAUAACAACGAGGGUUAAUUUGAUCUCAAAAUAUGAUGAAGAAUAUAUUUAACCAUUUUUUCAAAGUAGUGACUUUUUUUUCUAUAUUCCUCCACUCAAGGCCUAAUAAAUUGUUGAAUAAUCAAAGCUGAUUGUGUUGUUGAGAAAGUUUGUAAGUAGAUAUAUUUUGUUGAACAAAAGUACAAUGGAAGAAUAUUUUUCACCAGGGCCCAAGUGUAAAACUUGAUUUUGCUCCCAGCUUUCCUUUCAUAAUCACCACAUACCUACUCAGAGAUCAUGUCUAAACUUGUUACAUACUUGCACACAAAAGCCUUUCAUUUUUCCCACCCACUGAUUAACCUAAUUUGAUGACAAAGAAAAUGUACAAUAAAAAAAGAAACACUAAUUGCCCCCUCUAUAUAUAAAGGAAUCAACUGUCUAUUGGAUAGGAUUAAAACACACAAAAUGGCUCAAGAAGGAAAUGGACAAAAAACAGCAGUAGUAGUGGAAAAUUACAACAUUACUAAGUCUAAGGAUUACUGUGAUUGGGUGAUGCCAUUGUUGAGGUUAUUGACAUUUGGUGCAACAAUUUCAGCAACAUUAGUUAUGGCACUUAACAAGCAAGAAAAAACUAUAGUUGUUGCCACUAUUGGUACCACUCCAAUUCAGGCCACACUUAAUGCUAAGUUCCAGCAUACUCCAGCUUUUGUGUUCUUUGUUAUAGCAAAUGGACUAUGCAGUCUCCAUAACCUUCUCAUGUUGGCAUCUUGUUUUAUUGGAAGAAAAUACGAUUAUAAGGGACUAAGAUUUUAUGUGAUUGGAAUCCUAGACUUGGUAAAUGUGGCAUUAGUCUCUAGUGGAGCAAGCUCAGCAGCUUUUAUGGGACAACUUGGUAAAGAUGGCAACUCUCAUGCAAGAUGGAACAAAAUUUGUGAUAAAUUUCAAACAUUUUGUAGUCAUGGUGAAGGAGCUAUUAUUGCUUCUUUCAUUGGUUUGUUGCUUAUGAUUAUUACAACUGCCAUUAAUAUAAUUAAGCUAAAUAAUGUCCAUAGUCUUGGCAAUAAGUGUGCUGUUAUUCCUUGAUCAAAAAACUCCAAAAUAUUGUAUCAUUUCAUUGAGGUCCUCUAUGUUUUCGAGUGUUGUACCCAAUUCUGUUUCGCUUUUGUCUAAUGUAACGAUGAUUUUAAUGAAAUUUCUGUAUUGGCUUUGAUCA